AUUUUAAGCCUGUGAAUAUGAGUUACGUCGCGCUUGUUGCGAUCAUUCUACCACUACUGUACGGCAGAGCACGGGCGGAAAAGUUAGAAACCUUGGCCCAAUGGUCGUUACUUGAUUUUGCGCUGCCGUACGAUCAUGAUUUUCACGAUCAAUAUCGGCCGGAAAACGUGGUGAUGACCGGCAUCGAGAUAGACUGCGAUCGAAUUUUUAUCAGCACACCUAGAUUACGCGCAGGUGUGCCGGCCACCUUGAGCUUCAUACCGAGGAAUGUACCUUUAGGAAGCAGCCCGCAACUUCAGGCAUACCCUUCGUGGGACUGGCACGGUGCCGGUAAAGGCGAAAUUAACUGUACUAAGUUAAUUUCAGUAUACAGAACCAGGCUGGACAGGUGUAACAGAUUAUGGGUCGUUGAUGCCGGUGUCGUAACGUCAAUCGAUGACUUUAUGCCCGUUUGCCCACCGAAAAUUGUGGUCUUCGAUUUGAAAACCGAUGAGGUGGUGCGUUACUUCACUUUUCCACGCGAGGUUCUAAGACCAAAUACUUUGUUGACCAAUCUCGUCAUCGAUGAAGUUUCAGCAAAAACAUGUGACGAUGUAUUUAUUUAUAUGACUGAUACACUCGGUCCAGGAAUUCUCAUUUUCGACGGUGCUACGGAUAAAAGUUGGCGGCUUCUUCACGCAUCGAUGUUUCCUAAUCCAGAUGAAGGAAUGAUCAAGAUCGGAAGCGACACCUUCGAGUUCCUGGAUGGUGUGGUGGGCAUAACGUUUUCGCCGAAUCUUGGGACCGUAUAUUAUCAACCUCUGGCGACCAAUCGUAUCUUCAGCGUGCCCACAUCAGCGUUGCAAGCCGGACCGCUACCUUUCGGUGAACAGUUACCUGUGACCUUAGUUGGUAGAAAGUCGAGUCAAGGUCUGGCACUGGCCGUGGAUCCUCGAGAUGAUUCAAUCUUGUUCGCUCCCUUUACUGAAACCGCGAUCGCAUCGUGGCAACCGCAAACAAAUCAACAGAGGAUAAUCGUUUAUAGCCCAGAAGAAUUGCAAUUCAUUGCCGAGAUCAGAUGGGUGGAACGCGACAAUGGUAAUUUUUGGUUGAUGUCGUCGAAAUUCCAUAAAUUCUACAUGAAACAAGUCGACACUCAUCAAAUUAAUAUCCGCAUCAUGAGGAUCAGAAUGGACCACCAGACACCGAUCUCCGCACUUUAUACUCAAUACAUUAAUCCAUAUUUUCCAUUACAUUUCUACAAUGAAACUUUACAAUACUAAAAUGGAACAUUGAUGUAAUGGUGUCAAAAUUGUAAACAUGGUGAAAGCAUUUGCGAUAGGGAAUAGAAAAUGAGCGUAUCAGUGGACAAAUUAUCGAUGAAACUUCUCAGAAAAAUCUUAA